UUCCCCUACGGAAGUCCUGCUGUGAGUGUGGCGCCGACCAAAAGUACUUUUUUGUUGUUGUUGUUGUUGGUGUUGGUGCUGCUUUAGGCGUCAGUCUGUGAGAAAAACGUAUCCAACACUUAUCACAGCCUAAAGUUUUCUACUUUGCAGAAAGCAAAUGUCCAGCUUCGACCUGAUCCCUGUGCAUGGCGGGGACCCAAUCCACCUGCCCCCGGGGGAGACGGUGCUGGGCCGUGGUCCUUUGCUUGGAGUGAGUGACAAGAGAGUGUCCAGACAUCAUGGGCUGUUGGACAACAACAACGGACAACUUCGCCUCAAACCAACCCACUUGAACCCGUGUUUUCUUCAGUCAUCCCUCACCGAUGACCCUCAACCCCUGCAAAAGGACGUGUGGUGCCCCCUUGACCAUGGCGACGUGUUUUCGCUCCUACCAGGCCAGCUUCUGUACCGCGUGGUGUCACUGGGUGGGAAGGACAGCCCCCUCAGGGGAAGCGCUAUGUUGGAGCAGGACCCACUUCCUGUUUCACCGCAGGCCACUUCCCUGCUUCCUCUAGGAGCAGAACGCGAUGCUCCUAUGGAGGACACGUCCUUCGCAAGAGACGGAACUUAUAAGAGUGGAAAAGUCAGCCCAAAAGAGGAAGUGGAAGUAGCCUCACCUUCACCUCGCGUUAAAAAAAGAGUGUUACCUUCGUGGAUGAUGGCGGUCGCUGCAGCCUCCGCCUCCUGCAGCCCACAAGCUGCAAAGAAAAAAAGGCAAAUAGCCACCAAAAAGGCCACACCCACCAGCUCCUUACCUGAGGAGGCGGAGCUCAGCGAGGAUGAGGAGAAGCCAAAGGUGAAGAGGAGGAGGAAGGACACAGGACAGACAGCUGGUCUAAAGACAGACGUCCCGUCAUCACACCGGAGUCGUGUCAGCUCACAGAAGGACGCCAACAGCUUGGCCACGGAAACGCAGCGGGAAGACGUCGUGGACAGAGAUGCGGCAAGGCGGGCGCAUGACGUGGGCCAAUCACAGAGCAAGGAGACAAACGGCAGCAAAGACAAGGAAAAGAAGGAGUCAGCCUCCAGACUCAGAAGUCCAUGUCCUUACGGGAAAGACUGCUACAGGAAGAACCCGCUUCACUUCAGAGAGUCCAGCCACCCCGGAGACUCCGACUAUGAGGAGGAAGAGGAGGAGCAGCAGGAGGAGGAAGGGCGACCCGAGUGUCCCUACGGCACCGACUGCUACAGGAAGAAUCCUCUUCAUCGCAAAGAGUACAAGCACACAAAGAGAGCAGCUCGCUCCACGCGGGCCCCUCCCAAACGGCCGUCGGCCAACGACGAGCACGAGGACUCAGAGGACAGCUUCAUCAAUAACGACAGCGAGGACGCGGGCGACGACUCGGACUACGUCCCUGCCGAAUCUGACGACGACGGCGGCGAGGACGUGACGCGGCUGCAGAGAGAAGCGGCGGCCUUCGUGAGCGGCAGGAAGUAGCCCUGAUGCUGGACUUUCACAAUAAAAGACAAAACCUGUGGGUCACUGGACAAAAGACAUCAUGUUUUUACACAUGGACCAGGAAGUGCCAGGUGGACGCUGAAUGUCAAAAUAAAAGUUGUAACACCUUGUUGCCAUGUGA